AUGAAGUUCCAUGUCUUCGUAUUUGUUGGUGUUGUUCACUUUUUACCCCUGAACUCUGGGAAAGCUGUCUAUGGGAAUGGCAUCUCUCAGAGGACUUUUCAAGAAAUAAAAGAAGAAAUAGCCCGCUAUGGAGAUGUUGCUAAAGCGAUCAUCAACCUUGCUGUUUAUGGGAAAGCCCGGAACAGAUCCUAUGAGCGAUUGGCACUUCUGGUUGACACUGUUGGACCCAGGCUCAGUGGUUCCAAGAGCCUAGAAAAAGCCAUCCAAAUCAUGCACCAAAACCUGCAGGAAGAUGGGCUGGAGAAUGUCCACCUGGAGCCUGUCAAAAUACCCCACUGGGAAAGGGGAGAAGAAUCUGCUGUGAUGCUGGAGCCGAGAAUUCACAAGAUGGCAGUUUUGGGUCUUGGCAGCAGCAUUGGGACGCCCCCAGAAGGCAUUACAGCAGAAGUUCUGGUGGUGACCUCUUUCGACGAACUGCAGAGAAGGGCCCCAGAAGCAAGAGGGAAGAUUGUCGUUUACAAUCAACCUUACACCAACUACUCGAGGGCAGUGCAAUACCGCGUCCAGGGGGCGGUGGAAGCUGCCAAAGUGGGGGCUUUGGCAUCCCUCAUUCGAUCGGUGGCUUCCUUCUCCAUCUACAGCCCUCACACAGGUAUUCAGGAAUACCAGGAUGGUGUGCCAAAGAUCCCAACAGCUUGUAUUACGGUGGAAGAUGCAGAGAUGAUGUCAAGAAUGGCUUCUCGUGGGAGCAGAAUUGUCAUUCAGCUGAAGAUGGGGGCAAAGAACUACCCAGAUGCUGAUUCCUUCAACACCGUAGCAGAGAUCAUCGGUAGCAAGUAUCCGGAGCAGGUUGUACUGGUCAGUGGACAUCUGGACAGCUGGGAUGUUGGGCAGGGUGCGAUGGAUGAUGGUGGAGGAGCCUUUAUAUCAUGGGAAGCACUCUCGCUUAUUAAAGAUCUUGGGCUGCGUCCAAAGAGGACUCUGCGUUUGGUGCUCUGGACUGCAGAGGAGCAAGGUGGAAUCGGUGCCUUGCAGUAUUACCAAUUACACAAGGCAAAUAUUUCCAACUACAGCCUCGUGAUGGAGUCUGACCUGGGGACCUUCUUACCCUCUGGGCUGCAGUUCACUGGCAGUGACAAGGCCAGGGCCAUCGUGGAGGAGGUCAUGUGCCUGCUGGAGCCCAUCAAUGUCACACAGGUCUUUAGAGCUGGAGAAGGGACAGACAUUAACUUCUGGAUCCAAGCCGGAGUACCUGGAGCGUCGUUCCCCAGGUAUGGAGAGGACUGCCGAAAGGCCUUUACAAGGAGUCAGGCUGGCUCAGGAGCCAGUCUACUUGAUGACCUGUAUAAAUAUUUCUCCUUCCAUCACUCCCAUGGAGACACCAUGACUGUCAUGGAUCCAAAGCAGAUGAAUGUUGCUGCUGCUGUUUGGGCUGUUGUCUCUUAUGUCAUUGCAGACAUGGAAGAAAUGCUGCCCAGGUCUUAGCAAGAGCAAGAGAGAAGGCACUUUUGUCCUUUCUGGCCAGGAAUCCUGGGUCUGCAGCUUCAAGGAGCCCCGCUUCACCUAACAAUUUUAUGUGAUCAUUUACAAAGCACAACACUUUUUCAUACUUUCUGAUAUCAUGUUUCUUGAUACUUUCCAAAUUCUCUGUUCCUAGUGUAAGGAAUAAGCCCCACCCCCACAAAGAAUCAGCCAAUGGUAGGGAUCACAGUGAGGGAAUUUCUUUAUACCACAUAUUAAAAAUACUGUUUCUACUUUGAAAGUAAAUACUGGAUAAAGCUUUGGAAGACCUCUGGCUUUUAUGCAUGUAUUUACGAACAUUAAUUACAGUGACCAAUAUUUUGUUAAGUUAUUCACUGAAGGAGUAGAGGAGCACACAAUUGUAGUACAGUCUUAACUGAAUGUAUGGAGGCAUCUGGCUUUCUAAUUUGUACAUUUUUAUAUUAUUAGAAUUUUUUAAUGAGGUUAAAGUUUUUUUAAUUCACAGAAAGAAGUCACCAUUUGGGGAAAAAAUCAAGUAUGUAAAAUCCAGUUGCCUUAUUAAAGAUCUGUCACCAAACAAAUGAUAAUACUAUAUUACAUUUAUGUUUUAUAUAUUUCACAUAAUAUAUCUAUGAAGUUGGGGCUUAUUCACAUUUUGCUGAUAACAAGUUGGAGGCUCAGAGAAGCUAAAUCAUAUUCACAGAGCAAAACACUGAUCCCCUUCUACUCUGGGAAUAAUCUCUACUAUUCUUACACACACACUGUCCAGUAUUCAAUUUAAAAAAUUACAAGACACACCCAAAAAUGCAAGAAAAACUCAUUGUCAAGAGUUAAAGCAAUUAAGAAAACCAGACAAUAGAGAUAACUCAGAUGUUGGAAUAUCAGAGAGGAACUUUAACAUAACUGUGAUUAAUAGGUUACAUUCAAGUGGGAAAAUGGGUCUAUAUACAUGAACAGGAGAAUUUCAACAGAAAGAUGAAAACUAUAAAAUGGAAUCAAAUGCAAAUACUAAAAUAAAAAAUACAACAUCA